GAAGCAUAUACUUCCGGGUUGUUGCACUGUCGUGCAUUAUAUCUUUCAGAUUAGACGCACAAGAAUAUGAGAAUUCAAGGCUUGAUUAGAUGGAGUCGGAUCUCAUCUCCGUGCUGUGGUAUAUUAUUUUGAUUUACGUCAUCGUUCAGCUGGUGCGGUUCACCAGGGCUGAUGCAGACCUCAUGCUUUGGGCAGAGUCUUUCGGAAGCAAGCCCGUAGACAAGCUGUGUGGCAAAGUCGUGUGGAUUACCGGGGCGUCCAGUGGAAUAGAGGAGGAGCUGGUUUAUCAGCUGGCAAAAACCGGAGCUUCGCUCAUUCUGUCUGCAAGAAGAGAGAACGAGCUUCACAGAGUAAAGCAGAACUGCAUUGAGCAGAGCAGGUUACAAGAAAAGGAUAUUCUUGUUCUUCCGCUUGACUUGACCGCAAGGGGCAGCCAUGAAGCAAUAACAAAAACGGCCAUUGAGCACUUUGGAAAAAUCGAUAUCUUGUUGAAUAACGGUGGCCGUUCCCAGCGAUCCCUGUGCUUGGAAACUGACCUCGAUGUUUACCAGGCUUUAAUGGAACUCAACUACCUGGGGACAGUCUCACUGGUAAAGUGUGUGCUGCCUCAUCUGGUGGAGAGGAAGAGAGGGCAGAUUGUGACCAUCAGCAGCGUGGCCGGGUUGGCUGGAGUCCCUCUUGCUUCGGGGUAUUCCGCUAGUAAACAUGCCCUGCAGGCUGUGAAUUCUGACGCAGAUCAGUCUCACAAGAUGUCUACGUCACGCUGCGUCAGCCUCAUUCUGGUUGGGAUGGCUAACAAUGUGAAGGAGAUGUGGAUAUCGGAACAACCUUUCCUGCUAUUCAGCUACAUGUGGCAGUAUACACCGACUUGGGCCUGGUGGAUCACAGAUCUAUUCGGGAAAAGAAGAGUGAAAAACUUCAAAGCUGGAAUGGUUUGUGUACAACUGAAUUCUAGAUUUUCACCCUGCAAAAAGUUUUAAUACAAGAAUGUGAAAAGCAAGUAUUUGGAGGGGGAGGGAAAGUAUAUUUUGCUCUCCCUUAACUGGAACCCAAUUCUUCAGGGUCUUUUGUCCCUCAUGCUGGAUAUAAUCGGAUCAAGAAUGCAUUUCAUGGAUCCAGUCUGUGGAGAAAAACAUGGUAUAAAAAUGCAUUGUUUGUCUUAACAGCUCUAGUGUCAGCAGAAAUGGCCCUAGUAUUUAGGACUAUUACAUGUACUUUAUUUAUACCAAAGAUUACACCCAUGUUAUGCAACUGUAUUUCUUAAAUUUUGGCUCGGUUUUCUUUUGGCUGAGUUUGCUGUGUCUGAUCACAGUGAUUCAUUCAAGACUUUGACAGAGAUACAUUGUUAAAAACGUUCUGUCUAUUUUUACUUCUGGUGUUACAAAUGAAGACCUUGUGAUUGGGUGUACAAAGUUGUGGAUGUUAUUAACCAUUCGAGAGAAAGUCUGUCUGUCUAUCAUUCACUUUCACUUUCAUUGUGAUUUCAUAUCCUCUUAUCUUGUACCAAUCCUCACAAAGGCUAAAAAGCAGGUCUUUUUAAAGUGCACCCUCGCUAUAAGGCUCUCGGAUAUAACGCUCCUACAGCAUGUCCCCCAAUUCCCUAUACUGGUGAUUCAUGCAAUAUUUCUACAGUAAAUACAGUACCAGUGGUGUUCAAACUGUAAACAACUUCUCAGUCUAACUUCCGUUUCUGUCGCUCCCUUUUGAUACAAUAUCUGAACUGAAGAAAAGCUGUCCUGGCACUUCGUUUAAAAACCGCUAAUUAAAAUGAUCAACGAGUGGGAAUGUUACCUUUUUUAGUUACAUUUCUGCUUCACUAUGUGUGCAUCAUAGAGAGGGAUUUAUUUUAUAUUGUAUUUUAGUCAGAUGUGUGUUAUGUCUCCCAUGAUGCCCUCCACCUCAUUUAUAACACUCCUCGGUUAUAACAUUCAUAUUGUGUGUCCCCCGAGACCCGCGUUAUAGCAAGGGAGCACUAUAUAUAUAUAAAAGAAUAAGGUUCACUACAUUCUGUAUUCAUUAUUUUGGAUUUAUU